ACUUAGUAAUUGUUUUUGCUGGCUUUAAUGCCAUGGCUGCGGUGUUCCUGCAGAUGUUGUGCCCUGCUCCCACAGUUACGGCUCCUGUGCUGAGCGGGGAGCACUUCUGGGGAAGGGCUUUCAGUCUCAUUAGUUUCCAUUUAAAUCAAUCAAGCCAUAUAUAAGUACCGGCGGCCAAAAGUUUUACCGCUUCACUCUGAAUCAUCCGGCAUUGGCCGGAGGUUUGUGCAAGCUGGUGGCCUCUUCUAUAACCCAUUGUUAUUUCCCAAACAGAACUCAGCUAAAUAAAAGAGACGCAGAUAGUGCCUACAAUUUCAUGACAUGAAGAAACAGCCUGUUACUGGAGUCCCAGACCUUUGCUUCCUUAGCCUCUGCAGAUCUGGCAUAUGGAAAGCCCAGAAGUACUGAAGUAUCCCGCUCAAGCGGCUGAAUGUUAUCAGCCUCUCCAAAGCCUGAUUUGCCUUUGAUAUAGACUUAAUUGUUUGCGUCAUCUACGGGGCUGUGAGAGGGCUAUAAAAGGGACUGCAACCAUUGUCUGAGGCAGAAGAGAUACACCAGGAAUAGCUCCUUCUCCCAGUGUUUCUCACUCAGCACUAGUGGCAGCCUGUGCAUCAUGCAGCUGGUAGCCAGCCUGGUGUCUGUGCUGCUUUUGGUGUGGAGCGUGAGAGCCACGGCACUGCCCGGGGAGGAGAGACUGCAGAGCACCAGGGAACAGAGUACCCUCCGCAAGGAUGUCAUCCUGAAGAUGCUGGCAGGCCUGCUGGAUGGCACGAAUGUGGGGCGUGAGGCAGCCUUCCCGGAUGUGGAGGAGGAGGGCAAGCUGGAGGAGCAGGCACUGCUGGGGCGGCUUUCCCAGCUCUCACAGCGGGACCGCAAGGCGCCCUGCAAGAACUUCUUCUGGAAAACCUUCACCUCCUGCUAGUGCUGCCCGGCCUGGCCUUGCCAGCCUGCAAACACCUUCCCAGCAGCUCAUCUUCCUUGUCCACCUAGGUCCCUUUCUGUGCCCUGCACCCCUCAGAAUAAAGCAUAUCGCCUCUUGGGGA